AUGGCGGAUAUCGAUCGACAAAGAAUUCUGAGGAUAGCAGAUCUGGAAAAUGAGCUACAGAGAUUAAAGGGGGAACGAGCCAAGGCCCAAGGUGAAGGCGAAUCUUGGACAGAUUCUCGUUCUCAGCAGCACACCGAGCAGGGCAUCUCGACGUUUCCAGAAUGGUGGUUGAAGUCGGUAGAGCUUGAUAUGGCGAUUGGGCGGAUGGCUCGAAGCCUUUUCUACAUGAAAGCCAAAUCUUACGUUAAGGGAUCCGUUCCGGAUGAUCUUCUUAAGAAAGAGGAGAUUCAUAAAGCAGCUUGGGGUGGCAUGUUUCCGUAA